AUGGUGUCCUUCUGGCCUUGGAAGGGUAGCGAAGAUGCCGCCUCGUUCGAGAGGACGCUCAACACUCUUACUGGCAAGAUCAACAGAGCCGCCGCGCGCAAUGACAAACAGAAGCAGCUCUCGCGACGCGCUCGCGUCAUGUGGACGCUAUACACCGGCUUCGCGUAUAUUCUGGUCGCGGUCGUGCUCACUUUCGUGACGGGCUGGCAGAAUUGGGGUCCCAUUGAGGGAAGCGUGGUGGCUGGCGGGCCUGUCUUGAUCUACGGCCUCCGUUACGCGCUCAUGAGCUACUUCGACUACCGCAUCCGCAACACUGAAGCCUACCUCAAGAAACUGAACAAAGAACGUGACGCUACCAUUGAGCGCCUCAAGGAAGCCACCAAGUACAACUCGACCCAACAAUUGCUAGAGAAAUAUGGCGCCUCGCCCAAACAACCCGAGCAGCCACAACAAGGCGACUCCCCCGGCCGCAGAAAGUCCCAAGGCCCUCAGAAGCCAGCGCCGCCGCCAGGCCCCCGCACUGGCAUGCCUCCUCCCCCAACGGCAAACAUCCAGCGACCCCAGCCACAGCAACUCCCGCAUACCCCACAGAAACCUCCGUCGAACGUCUCAUCCCCUCAAGGCCCAUCCCCGCCACAGCAACUGCCCCCACCAGAAGCCCCAGGCGCCGAAUUCGCCCCGAACGCAUUCAACACCGGCGCCGUCGACCUAACCAAGCAAUACACCACCGAUUCCCCCGCAGCCUUCACACAAACUCACUGGUACGACCGCAUCCUCGACGCUCUCCUUGGCGAAGACGAAACACAGGCUAAGAACCGCUUCGUCUUGAUCUGUUCCGAGUGCCGGCUUGUAAACGGGCAAGCGCCGCCCGGUGCACGUACGCUUGAGGAUGUUGGGAGGUGGAGAUGUGGUGGGUGCAGUGCGUGGAAUGGGAAGGAGAAGCCGCGGGAGGAUGAUGUUACGAGGCUUGUGAGGGAUUGGGAGGCGGAGCGGAAGGCGAAGGAUAGACUGAGUGGAGAUGGGGGUGUGAAGGAGAUGGAAGAGGUGGAGGAUGAAGGUGUGGUUGUUGAGGCUGAGGCUGAGGCUGAGGCGGAUAGUAGUGGUGAGGAUACGCCGCCGCCCAGUCGGAAUACGAGGAGUAAAUCCAAGGGGAGGGGGAAGAAGUAG